AUGGAUAUUAAACGCAAACACGGCAAAGAAGGCAGUAUGAAAAUAACAGUGGCUAAUAAAAUCAUUAAAGAUACAUUCUACACUAUAGCACCAGUAAACUGGCUGCUAAGAAUAUUCAACUUAUCAUGCAUCUACAGAGAAAAUGGAGAAUUAAAAUCAUCAUGGUCGUUAAUCAAAAAUAUAAUCUACGUCACUGUUCUAGCUUUCGUCAACGUUCUCUUUUUGAUCACCAAUUUUGAUCGGUGGGACUCCUUCGUGCAAAAUUUCUCUUCUCUCACAUUUGUUGAUGUCAUACAAUUGACCUACGUUAUCGGAUAUAUUGAGUAUAUCGUUGAUUUAGUUUCUAUCAACAAGAAUGGCAGAGACAACUACUUGAAGUAUUUUAAGUCUUUCGACCACAUUGAUCAGUUGUUAGGCAUGAAUUCCUAUGAUGAAAUUCGAAGAUUGAUCUUGAAUAUUAUUUGGAUCUCCAUGAUAAUGUUUAGCUACUACAAUUGUCCGAACCAAGUAAUACCCAAUGAGGAUGAUAAAACUUGGGCUACCAAGACAGAUUCUGGAAGGUGUCGGGUAGAUUCCCUGAAGACCCUCAACUACAGUCGUUUCACUGAAGUUAUUGGCUUCAAUAGAUGCUACCUGCUUCUGGUGGAACAAGCAUACUAUUUGAAUGGCAAGUAUGGUCUACGGUUUUUAAUACUCUGCAUCAACUUCCUCGUCAAUAUGAUCAAGUUGUCGAACUUGUUCAUCAGAUUUACGACUGGUGCAAUGGUACCCCCAAACGGCAGUUCCCGCUUGCUAUCGUUCGCCAGCAUGAUCAAAUUUCUUAACUGGGGAGCAGUUUCGCUCAUCAUAGUGUACAGAUGCGAACAGACUUACAAACAGAGCGACAGGAUACUGAACAUUAUAGACUUGGUGCUGGUCAAUAAGAAGAAUUCAAACAGCCUAACGACUACCUUAGAACAUUUCCGCAACCUCCUCAUAACCAGACCGAUUAAGUUCCAUGCAGUCCAAUUCUUCACCAUCGAGUAUACUCUACUGGUUUCUCUUGCUUCCACCAUAGUUACGUAUUCCAUCAUCAUGCUGCAGAACAUGCACUGA